AUGAUAUCAAAAUCAAUUACUUCUACCACAUCAAAAGAUUCCAAGAUCCCUACCCCUUCAUCCCCCAACACAACUACAAAAAGUUACAGUCCAUCAUCGCCUGUUAUAAGUAAAGUCACUACAGAAGAAUCUUCAAAACUACCAACCUCCCCCUCAUCAAGUAAUAAAACUAUUUCAUUUUCAGCGCCCACUUCCACAACUAAAAGUACUAAAUCAAAAUCAAAAAAAGUUAUUCAACCUCAAGGACAUACUAAGACAACAAUCAAAAAAACUAAUAAUGACGACAAUAAUAAAUUAGCAAAAGGUGGCGAUGAUACAAAGGUCACAAGAACAGUAGUAACAGGAGAUGAUGAUGACACAACAAUCAGUGGUGGAUCAAGAAUUACAAGGACUGUAAUAGUAGAAGGUGAUGACGAUGACGAUGACGUUACAACUAGCGGAACAAGAACUUCCAAAACUAUCAGAAGAGUAGUAGUAGAAGGUGAUAACGAUAACGAUGACGUUACAACUAGCGGAACAAGAACUUCCAAGACUAUCAGAAGAGUAGUAGUAGAAGGUGAUGACGAUGAUAUAACUAGUGGUGGAUCAAGGAUUACAAGAACUAUAAUAGUAGAAGGUGAUUCUGAUAACGAUGACGUUACAACUAGCGGAACAAGAACUUCCAAGACUAUCAGAAGAGUAGCAGCAGAAGAUGAUGACGAUGAUAUAACUAGUGGUAGAUCAAGGAUUACAAGAACUGUAAUAGUAGAAGGUGAUUCUGAUAACGAUGAUGUUACAACUAGUGGAUCAAGAACUUCCAAAACUAUCAGAAAAGUAAUAGUAGAAGGUGAUGACGAUGAUACAACUAGUGGUGGAUCAAGAACUUCAAGAACCAUAAGAAAGGUAAUAGUGGAAGGUGAUGAUGAUGGUAAUAUUGAUUACGAUGAAACUAGUGGUGGAUCAAGGACUUCAAAAACCAUAAGAAAGGUAAUAGUAGAAGGUGAUGAUGAUGGUAAUAUUGAUUAUGAUAAUAUUACAACUAGUGGUGGAUCGAGAACUAUGAGAACUGUAGUACUAGAAGGUGAUGACGACAAUACAACUAGUGGCGGAUCAAGAACCACAAGAACUGUAGUAGUAGAAGGUGAUGAUGACGGUAAUACAAAUAGUGGUGGAUCAAGAACUUCAAAAACUAUAAAAACUGUAACAGUAGGUGAUGACGACAAUAUCGAUUACGAUGAUAUUACAAAUAGCGGUGGAUCAAGAACAUCUAAAACCAUAAGAACUUUUACUAGUAGUAGUGAAGGUGGACCAACAAUAGAUCAGUCUGAUGAAGAUGAAUUUUUUGAAUCCAGUACCACCACCACAACAACAGAUAGUGAUGGAACCAAAACUAUUAAAACCACAAAAUCUUAUAAAUAA